AUUGGAUUAACUGUAUAAGGAAGGCCUUGACUAAAAGCCAACAUGAAUUUCAUUGUAUAGUUGUUAUGUGUAUGUGAGAUUGUAUUUCUGGAGAUUGCUACCUUGAGCUAAGAUAUCAGAUCUGAUUACCUUGAGCUUGAUCAAAUGAUCAAAUGUUAAUGCUAAAUUAGAGCUGGAUUUGUAUAUUUUUAAACCUGGAGGUAGAUUUGUACUUCAAUGCUUCAAGGCUCUUUGAGGAGACAACACAAGGAAUACUAGAUUAUAAUACAAUGCUCCCUGAUUCAUAGAGACAAAAGUGUGACGUUAUAAUUGGAUUAACAAAAUAUAUUUUGGAUUACAUCGCAAAGCUAAAAGAAAGCAUCAUCUAACAAGAUGGCGACAUCACCAACGAAUGGUGUUCGCAACAUGAGCCUGCAUGAUGAGAAUAAGAUUAAUGGAGAUGUCAGCACAGAUGAAGGUGUGAUGGUCUCACCACCAGUCAUGAAUGGUGAUUAUGCCUCAACAAAUCCCUUCUCAAAUAAUUCCACAAAUCCAUUUACAAAUGGUCUAUCAGAGAUACCGAAUAAACAACAACCUGCAACAGCAAAUGAUUUACUGAACUUUGACCUGAAUGCUCCUCCAUUGAGUUCAGAACCUUUCCAGUCACCCCCAGGCACGGCCGAUAGUGCAUACUUGAGUGGACAAUUUACUAUGUCUGGGUUAAUGUCAGAACCGACAAGCCUUGAGCCACCCAGCCAGGAGGCGGCUAAUCCUGAGUCAGCUAGCUUUGAGCUUAAUCAUGAUACUGGGCAACCCGCUACAGAUGCCACCACCCUGAUUGACCUCGAGGCACUCUCUGAUAAUGCUCAACCACAAGCCCCCAUUGAUAACAGACAAGACAUAAACACAAACCCUCCCCAGUCUCAAUUCAGUGACUUUGAUCCAUUUUCUAUGCCCAGUGCCCCUGAAACCAUUGAAGACCAAGUUGUUCCACAAGGUAAUAUUGAAAAUCCAGAUGUAUCCACAUUUGAACCAUUUGCAGCCCCUAAUGACUUAUUUGAACCAUAUGUUGCUCCAGUGGACCCAGAUCACGAUAAAGAGAAUACAAUGCCAUCUUUACCAGAUUUACUUGGGGGGUCUGUUGUUGUUGAAUCUACUAGCACAUCUGUAGAAAACACAACAGUUGAAACAAAUAACACAAGAGAAGCAAAUACAGUUUCAGCCAUUGAAAGAAAUGCUAAUUCAACCUUUGAAACUAUAACCACCAUUGAAACUCAUUCAGAUCAAAUUGAAUCCAUGGUUAGUAUCUCUCCCGAGUCAGAUGUGGAACUGCCACCACCCCCUAAACUAGAGGAUGUCCAGAUAAAUCAAACUCCCCCAAAUUUAAACGAAACCGAAACGAAACCAAUCAAACAACCUACCCCUGACAAAAUUAUUGAAUCAAAAUCAAAAAGUCCUGAAAAAAUAAAAGCUCCAUCGAGUCCCAGUAAAACAAGUGCUCCUUCGAGUCCC